UCUCUCAUUUUGUGGUUUAGACGUAUUUUGAACACACAAAAGGGGUUGACAGCCCCUUGUGACGGGCUGAAGGAAUGCUCCAAACAGACUGUUUUCCAGGGUCUUGUCCAAGCAUGAUUCCUCAUCUUUUACUGUUUGAAAAGCUGUCAUGACAUGUCCUGAAGAAACCUGCAGAAGAAAUGCUGGCCUGGUUCCCACUUGGCCAGGCUCCCAAGCGCCACACUAAAGGUCAGUGGUUCACUCCUGUGGAGUCCCAGUCCUCUUCUGCAUUAAUUUUCCUCCUCUUUCCAGUGUCCUAACCUGAUAAAUCAUUUGGGGAGAGGCAAGAGAGGGAGGGGGAGGAGUGUAUGAUGUAACCUCUGAUCCAGGGACUUUACGAGACAGCACCACAGUGCCUGCAGCUCCCAGGGGUUUUAUGGUUGGUACCACUGGGAGACUGAAUCAUGCUGAAGAGACGUGAAGAUCCACCACAUCUGUGUGAGACCCAGCAGCUGAUGUACUCGCCACAUUUGCGGAGAAGGAAGCCAAGUAUGGCGUCUGCUUAACGGCACACGCUCUUGCAGCUCCUUGUUUUGCUGCCUGCCGUGUGCACCUGGAGUGAGAGGAGCAGCGGCCGUGUGCCGAGGACACCCCUGAAGAAAGGGAGGCGUGAAGCCAGCCACACUGCUGGGGUAAGUCUGAUCCUGCUCCCUGGGUUUUCCCAUUCGUUACAGGCUGACGGUCCAGGGGAAGCAAAGGAAGUGGAGUGGAGCGAGCUGAAAUGCGUAUGGAUUGUUGGAGGGCAUGUAACCAUAUGAAAUCCCUGCUGGGUUGACUCCGAGCCAACUGAUAAUCACUGACUAAUCUCUCUGCUGGCAGAUUCUGCCCAGAUUACAAGGGUGUGUGUCUCUGUGUCAGGAUGCAUAUGAGGCGUGCUCGUGCUGAGGGUCUCAGGAUCUGUGUCAGAGAAACACACCAAAAAGGGAUUUCACUGCAAUCACUGCCUGCAGGAAAGAAAUUUGUGCAAGUGUGCUUCUGUCACUGACACAGUGCUGUGUGUGCAGCUGCAUGUCAGGCUGUGAGCUCUGCAGACAGGGAGGUGUAGGGAAGGCAAGUUUUUUUGGUUGGUAUGCUUCACCAGAGUAAAUCUGUAUACAAUUGCGAUACAGCAAAACCUUGUUAAUUUUAACAGGUUUUAUCCAGAUGUGCAAAGUCAAAAGCGCAGUUGGUGAACAGUGCCAGGCACACUCUAUGCAUUUGUAGUUCCAGCAGGACUAUGUGGUCUGGGUACUAAGAAACCGUUUAUAUUCAUGUGGCUCCUUAAAACACAUUUAUACCAGUAUAAGAGGCCUUACGUGAGGCUGUAGUUCUCUCUGCCAUGUAAUGCACGAGCUACUGUGCUGCAGGAACCCAGCGGUCACAGAAGAGUAUGGGAUAGGUCCAGAGGAGACGUGGGUACUCUUAUACUUGGCAGUCUAUGAGAAAUCAAAGGACAAAAUGUGCUUUUCUCAGUGUCUGGAGGAGAUGAAAUUGGGAGGAAGCUGGUCCUGCGCAUUUGCUAAUGGAGAGAACUAGGGCAGAUAAGGCAAGUUGUUGAAGGUAACUGCAGUAAAGUGUUUUCUAGGUGAACUUCCAAAUACCAUUGAAAAGGUCUCCCAGCUAAAAGAAAGAAGGGAAGAGGAGGACCAUCAUACUAUAUAUGAGUAUUCUACUUUAAUAUGCUGUAUUAUAGAAUAUAUACAAGAUAAAGCAAAACAAACUUAAUGUAUAAACCAGGCCUCAGAAAGCCAAGUAACCAACAUAGCUCCGUUAACAUCUCUGGAGUUGCAGCAGUACUGAAUUAAUCCCAAACUGCCUGCUUGCACUGUGAAUCUCUCCAAGAAUGCUUGCAGAAGGAUGCAAUUAUGCCACCUGGUGUGUGUCCUUGCUUGAAUGCUGUGCCUACACUUCUUUGGAAAAAAUAUCACAAUUGAUUUCCCAACAUGGAACACAGAGCUCAUAGCUCUGGUGUUUUGCAUGCAGCUACUCAGAGUAUUUUUAGAGAUGAAUCUUCAACAAAACAUCAAAAUCUGGAAAUAGAAGUUAAAUAAUUAACCAAUACAGGGGGAGAUUAUCUUCGUUCCUUUUUAAAACAUGACUCUAAUCCUGGUCCAGAAUUUCAGUUUCUACAGAGAGCAAACUAUUUUCUUUUCAUUAGCUGUAGUCCUGAGUCUUUGUCUAAGGAGCCUCCUUAUUCAAGACUCAGUCAAGGCUAGGAUAAAUGGGGUUAAUCUGAUCCGGGGAAUGCUAAUUUUAAUUUAUUUCCAGAACUUGUAAUGGCUUCAACUUGGCAGAAAACUCAGGAAUUCUACAACUGGGUCCUCGAAAGUGGAGAUCCAAGGACAGAGCCAUGGUCUCCACUUCCAGUCACACUUCUCUUUGCCUUCUACCUCUUUGUUGUGGUACUGGGGCCCUUCUACAUGUGUAAGUGGAAACCACUGAAGCUGUGAGGCCAACUGAUUGCCUGUAAUCUUGCCAUGAUGACGUUAUCAAGCUACAUGGUUUAUGAGUUUCUGGUAACUUUGGUCUUGGACAACUACAGAUACCUGUGCCAGCCAGUGGAUUGCAGCCAAAGUGAACUAGGAAUGAGGAUGGCAAGAGUGUGUUGGUGGUUCUUCCUCUCCAAAAUCAUCGAGCUGCUUGAUACAGCUUUCUUUAUUCUGUGCAAGUACCAAGAACGGGCGACUUUUCUGCAUGUGUACCAUCGUGGCACUAUGCUGUUCACCUGUCAGUCGGGUCAAAUAUGUGUCUGGAAGACAAGGGAUGCUUCUGUAGACACCUUGUGUUUCAGUUUUUCUUGUGCCGUGGAGACAGCUGCUUCUCCUUUUUGCUCCACUGAAAGAGAAGCUCCUGAGCACUGGGCCACUAAAGCCUUCUUUAUUGGGAUGCUAAAUGCCUUUGUCCACAUCUUCAUGUACAGCUAUUAUGCCCUGGCCAGCCUGGGACCAGAGAUGCACCGUUACCUACGGUGGAAGUGCCACCUAACCGUCACGCAGCCGGUAAUUAGUGUCAUGUGUUCCUCCCUGCACUUCCGUGUCCAUUGCUGCUACAACCUCUUCACAGAAUGCCUGCUCCCUGAUGGCUUCAGCACUGCAGUCUCCCUCCACUUUCUCAGCCUCGUUGCUCUCUUCCUACACUUCUGCUAUCGGACCUACAUUAGGGGAAAGCAGGGGAAGCUAAUUGAAGGAAAAUCAAGGAGGACUGUGAGCAGAGUCUGA